AUGCCCCUUACCCGGAGAUUCCUGGAAUCUCUUGGGCAUAGCCCCAGAAGUAUGGCAACACAAGCGACGAAGCGAAGCUGGCGCGCAGGACUACGAGCAAUUGCGAUCCUCGUGAUUGCCGGCUUGCAGCUGAGAGGUUUUUGCAUAGGUUGGGCAGACCGAAAGGUUUGGCCCAAGCUCUGCCACCGUGCAGCAAACGAGCCUCGCGAGCUUGUGGAUCUGUACGGAAUGAAGACCCGUGAGCUAAAAGCCUUCUUGAAAAAGAAUGACGUUUUCGUUGAUGACUGCUUUGACAUGGAUUCGCUGAUCCAGCGUGCUUCGGCAACGGAGGAGGACUGGGCACGAAAAGACAAGGAAGAGAGGGUUGCUUCGGCACCAGCUUCCGCCUCCGAAGUCGGCGAUUCCUCCGGUCGUCCGGGAGCCAACGAGGUUGAGAAGGCAUGGAAACGGCUUUGCGAGGCCUGGCCGGGGCAAUCACCUCGAGUAUUGGGGCCCACAGAUGCCGACAAAACUGUCAUUCUUCUACACGGCUUCGGUGACCAAAACUCGCAGUUUCUGGCCGACACCUUUCAGCCACUGCUGAACAUACAAGGUCUUCGCUUGAUUCUGCCACAGGCCCCCGAGGAAAACCUCCAGGGUCAACAACUUCAGUCGUGGUUUUUGCCUAUUAAUGGGCAGUGGAUCAUUGACGACAAGGUUGUCCAACCAGUGGCUGCCUACUUGCACGCGAUGGUUCGGAGGGAGAUUGCCCUCGGGGUGCCGGCUCAUCGAAUUCUCAUUGGCGGCUUUGCACAGGGUGCUGGCUGCGCUCUACGCGCAGCCUUGAGCUUCCCAGAUGCAGCCCUCGGCGGUGCCAUCGUUCUGUCUGGUAUUGCUCCCUCGAAUCAGCGUUUGCCGACGUUGAUCUGCCACGGCAGGAGCGACGAAGUAGUUCCCUUCAGCGAGGGCACCAGGAUGGCGAGUCUGCUGGACGAGCGCACUGGCAACGCGGUGCUCAAG